AGGAGCCGUCGAUCGACCAGCUCUGGCGUGGCCGCCACUCGCCAGAAGCCCGAAAUAUUCGCCGCCUCCAUCAGCGCCAUCGUGGUGGCGAAGGAGAAAUCCAACCCUUCUUCCCCUUCCCUCUAAAUCCGUCGAUAUCUCCUGCUCUCUGUUUCUCGUUCUUCUUCUCCUCGCCUCAAAGCGCUAGCUUUUUCGCGGCUCUUCUUGUUGCUUCCUUCUUGGUUCUGUGAGUUCUUGGCAUGGCAGCGUCAGCGGCGACGGGGAUGGCCGGGUCCGUGAAGGAUCCGGUGGUCCUGAUGCAUGGAUUUCAUGGUCUGAGGCCUUCCGGAUCGAUUCCUCUUGGUAGAUCACUGCAUGCACAACCGUUGAUGCCUUCUUCGAGCUCUCCCGCUGUUAUAAGGGCGGUGUCUUCGCCUGUAAAGACAGAUGCUUCUGAAGUUAAACGGAGCAAGGUUGAACUAUUCAAGGAGCAAAGUAACUUUCUUAGAUAUCCUCUGAAUGAGGAGCUGCUAACAGAGGCUCCAAAUAUAAAUGAGGCUGCCACACAACUGAUUAAGUUUCAUGGAAGCUAUCAACAGACUAAUCGAGAUGAGCGUGGUCAAAGAUCUUACCAAUUUAUGCUUCGAACUAAGAACCCUUGCGGUAAAGUAUCAAACAAGCUCUAUUUGGCUAUGGACAAACUUGCAGAUGAAUUUGGCAUUGGCACUCUGCGUCUGACCACCCGACAAACAUUCCAGCUGCAUGGCAUCCUUAAGAAGAACCUCAAAACUGUAAUAAGUACCAUCAUCAGAAAUAUGGGCUCAACACUUGGUGCUUGUGGUGAUCUGAACAGAAAUGUGCUUGCACCUGCAGCACCAUAUAUUACAAAAGAAUAUGUUUUUGCUCAGAAGACUGCAGAGAACAUUGCAUCACUUCUGACACCUCAGUCUGGUGCUUAUUAUGAUUUAUGGGUAGAUGGAGAGAAAAUCAUGUCAGCAGAACCUCCUGAAGUAGUUAAAGCCCGUAAUGAUAAUUCCCAUGGAACCAACUUUCCUGAUUCUCCAGAGCCUAUAUAUGGCACUCAGUUCUUGCCACGAAAGUUCAAGAUUGCUGUCACUGUGCCUAGAGACAACUCAGUUGAUAUUCUAACCAAUGACAUUGGUGUGGUGGUAAUUUCUGACAGUGAUGGAGAACCUCAAGGGUUCAAUAUAUAUGUAGGAGGUGGCAUGGGAAGAACACACAGGGUGGAGACCACCUUCCCUUGUCUGGGUCAACCACUGGGUUAUGUCCCAAAGGAAGAUAUAUUAUAUGCUGUAAAAGCAAUUGUUGUUACACAGAGAGAAAAUGGGAGGAGAGAUGAUCGCAAGUAUAGUAGAAUGAAAUACUUAGUUAAUGAAUGGGGAAUUGAAAAGUUCCGGAGUGUGGUUGAGCAGUAUUAUGGGAAGAAAUUUGAGACCUUCCGAGAGCUACCAGAGUGGGAGUUCGAAAGCUAUCUUGGGUGGCAUGAACAGGGUGAUGGUGCUAUGUUUUGUGGACUGCAUGUUGAUAAUGGCCGUAUUGGAGGCACAAUGAAAAAAACUUUAAGAGAGAUAAUUGAGAAGUAUAACUUGAAUGUGCACCUUACUCCAAAUCAGAAUAUGAUCUUGUGUGAUAUUGACCGCACAUGGAAAGAGGACAUCACAACGGCUCUCACCCAAGCUAGCCUGCUGGAUCCUAUAUAUGUCGAUCCUCUCAAUAUAACUGCAAUGGCAUGCCCUGCUCUUCCACUCUGUCCGCUAGCAAUAACAGAAGCUGAAAGAGGAAUUCCCAGCAUCCUCAAACGGGUUAGAGCUGUCUUUGAUAAGGUGGGUAUUGAGCAUGACGAGUCAGUGGUGGUAAGAGUAACUGGGUGCCCGAACGGGUGUGCCAGACCUUACAUGUCUGAGCUGGGAUUUGUUGGUGAUGGCCCCAACAGUUACCAGAUUUGGCUUGGGGGAACGCCUAACCAGACUACUCUAGCAAAGUGCUUUAUGAAUAAAGUGAAGAUCCAAGAUCUAGAGAAGGUUUUGGAGCCGCUGUUCUACAAUUGGAAAGUAAAACGCCUGGAAAGCGAACCAUUUGGUGUAUUCACGAGCAGAACAGGCUUUGAUAAAUUGCAGGAAAUGGUAGAUAAAUGGGAAGGUAUUAGGGAGUGACCAUCAGGGUUCAUAAACGUUUGCAGACAGACAUGAAGCAGUGGAUGAGAUUGUUUAUCUACAGAGCAAAACUCCUCACCAGUUGACCAUGGAAGUCAUCCGUAACUAUGUUGCUUCCGAGAAAAAUGACAAAGCUGAAUUCUGUUAACUCUUUUUGACAGUUAUAAAUGAGAGAUUGUGCUUGCUUCUGCAUCCUUUUUCACAGUCACAGAAACUGAGUUUUGUAUCUUGUCUACUUCAUAUGAUACUGUGAACGUGGUUUUGUUCGUGAAAGAAAACAACCUUGAGGUAGCCAAUUAUGGAAACAAUGAAGUUCUUUGUUAUAGGGUGGAAUGGAUCAUGUAGUGUGUUCUUACCAGUGAAAGAUUCUUCAAGGCUGUUCUUAUGUCAUAAAACUUUUAUUCUUAAGUUGAAUGUGUUGUGCUUAGCUUUGCUAA